UCUGACCGACCUCUUCGCGGGAAUGCGCAUCGCGUCACGGUACUGAUUGAAAGCGGUAACAUUGUUGUUCACCUUGGGGAACAUUAAGGAGCAAGUUAUUAACGAAAACUUUUAUAUUUGCAGUCCACCUUAAAAAAAUCCUUAUCAUGAGCUCCCAUGACAAAAGAACACCAUGGAAGCCAAAUAGGUCCGAGUUCAGCGGCAGAGAUUCUGCGGAACGAAAUCGUAACCGAGUGUCAGACUCGCCUACAGGAUAUCGGUCUUAUAAAGACCGAAGAUAUUACAACAAUCGUACCCCCUAUACUGGGCUUAAUUCCUACUAUCAUAGCCGGUACAGGUGCGAAAGAAAGCCGGACUCUUCCGACGAAAAAGAGCAACAUGAAGGCGAAAAAUCCGAAGUCCCGAAGUCAUCUGAAAAUGAUGCGGGAAAGGGCACCAGUAAAAGUACAUGGAACAAUAGUAGCUCCACUGUCAUGCCCACACCUAAAAGACAUCCAUGGAUUAUGCAGCCUCAGCCACUGGUAACUGCGCCUUAUAGUUCUGCAUGUACCGAGCAAUCUAAUUUUAGUAUUAUUUUGCAACACAUAAACUCGGUCUGCAAUCAGAACGACCGAUCGCAACUGGAAAGACCGAUGUCAUUCAUCGACAGAUUAAUUGCUGAUGAAGCGAUGCGGAUGCUGUCUGCCGCCUCCUCGAGUGAAGCAACGGCACUUAACAAACCCUACGAAGCGCCUGAAGCGGUACCUAGCAAUGCAGCGGCCAGCGAAGCAACGCAAACUUCUAAACAGGAGGAAGAAAAAAAUACCAUGUCUAGUAAAAUUGGUGAUAAAGUUGCAACGGUUAGUGCGGCUGAUUCGGCACUGUUGCAAAAGAGCGCCGAGCAGGUGACGGAAAAACUGCUUAGUCAACUUUCCACCAUGAGCAAGUACGAUUUGAAGCAUAUGAUCGAUAAUCCCGCCGGAAAAUACGAGACGGCUUUAAACCGACACGCCCAGAGCAAGCUACGAGCCGAGGUACGAAAACAGCUGAAGAACUUCGGUCUGGGGAAGCUCGGAAGCUCAUUUGUAACAGACGAUGGUACUGUUGAGUCGGACGAAGCAAUUGACGCGAACAAAAUACCCCCUGCACUGUUGGAACAAAUCGGUCAAGCGUUAGACGUAGAUCUUUUCGAUCUGUCACAAACCGAACCGAUUGAAUCCAAUGAACAGCUGCCGACUGCCGUGGAAAGCUCACCAUUUAAUGCUAAUGAGCCAGAAGCAAAGGACGACCAUGAGCACCACGCGUUAGUGUGUACCCCAUCUACCGAACACAGUUCUACUGCGAGUAAUGUGAAACAAAACAUAGCUCCGGGAAAAAUGUUCACGAAAAACACAAAGUUCCCGCCUUUGACGCCAGGACACUCCAAGAAACUUAUGUUACGCAAGUCGCAAAAUCUAAUAGUCAGAAACAGUGCUUCUUUACGAGUACCAGUUGCACCUUCUUUGCAGUCCAAAGUGACCAAACUGCUUCCUAAGAAUAAUAAUUCCGUUCUGCUUUCGAAGAACGCCGGUGAGGAAAAUAUUGCUUCGGACUUAGCAAAGUCUACAACUGCAACAUCAUUCGUAAAAACGCCAGUUCCAAACUUAAACGAUAUUUCCCAAAUCGGACAAUCAGCGAGGGAAGAUACCAAUAUCAAUUUGAAAGUGACUUCAUCCAACAAUGUCGACCCUAUACUCCGAGAUGUAAAUUCGGGCGUAAAAAAUGUAUUGCUGCUAAGAGUUAGUACGGUAGAAGAGUUAAACAGACGUUUGGAUAAACAACCGAGUAUAAAAAGCGUUGAAUGUCAACAGGUACCAGAAGAAGAUCCAACAAAUGUUACAUCGGAAAGAGGGCUAUUACACGAAGAUAUUCCAAAUGCCAAUGAAAGAUUAGCAACAAUGAUUCCUGUGGACAGUACAAAUGACCUCGGAAUUAGAUUGCUCACACAAGAGCAUCUGCUCUCAACUGAAAACAGCAAAUCAAACGCCGGUAGCCCUCACUUGCAAAGUACCCAAAAUUGCAAUAAUAAUGCUCAUCCAUCUCAGAGUCCUGCGUUGUUCACGGUGCAACACCAGGAACAACUGAAUUCCACCAAUGUUCCACCCAAGAAACAAACCGAACCUGUGUGCAAUAUGAAUCCAAAUAAUCGUACAACGAAUGAGUUGGGGAUAAAGAAAUGGACUGAACCUGUAGUGCUAGAGCAUGUGAAGAACAAAACAGAUGGAAAAUGCGGAAGAUUGAGCAUAGAUCAAGCCACGGAAACUAGUGAAGGCCCCCUGGUGCAUAAUACAACGCCAUUUGAAGAUCAAUCCAUGGCACCAGUAACACUGCCGCUAUUACCUGAUCUUAGUCCGCCAGUACCACUUCCUGCUAUGAUAGGAAACACACCCAAGAAACGAAAGCUUCUCCAGCAAAACGGUUGCCUGCCUUCCACAAUUUGUUCAAGCGUACCAUCAAAUGAUACUGUAGCAAGCGCUCCUACGCAAAUUCGAAAUAUGGAACAAGGUUUCGGUGCAGACGAGACGAAUAAUGCUCUAACCAAUCAUCCAUCCCCCGCUGCAAAGUUGAGCAAAAAAAAGAAGAGACGUAAAAAGAGUCGUUUUGAACCGGCCAAUAAUUCUGAAAUGGCAAAUGUUGAUCCGGAAGUGCCUCCUGUGAGUGGAAUAGUGCAGACUCUAUCAUUGCAAUCGGCAGAAGAAAUGCCUAACGAAGAUCAUAUACUGAAUAAUGCGUAUGAUCAGUAUUUGAGCAAGGGCCUUGACGAUCACGCACCGGAAAUAGUGAACGCACAAACCCAUAUUACUAUUACAAACGUUUGUUCCAUCUCGGGCCCAGAGGAAAUGAGUUCAUCAGCCGCAGCCGUAACGGCAAGUGCAACAAAUGAAGAAACCAAAGAAACAAUUGCAACAUCCCAAACAUUAGAACAAAGUUUACAAAAUAGUGCGCCUUCGGAUAAUUGUUCCGAUGGUAAUCUGCCCGUCUGGAAUCUCUCGACUGCUGAGUCGAACGCGGAAAGCAAGGAAGGAAUAGAAAAGAUCGUAACGCCACAACCGACCACCGAUAUACCGACCGAGGAAUAUAUCUUGGGAGGUGAUUCCGGGGAUAAGAGCCAAACGUUGCCUGAUAUUAGCACUAAUCAUCCACAAGAACAGACACCGAAUGUUGCGAAUCAUUUCGCAGCCCCAUUACCCGUCGAAUGCGCUGCCCGAUUGCAGUCGUUAAGCGAAAUAACAGACGGCAUAGUACAGAAUCUCGAGACACAAACGAUGGAACUGUACAGCCGCAGGAUGCAUAUUGACACCCAAAUAAUGCAGCUACAGGGGCAACGGAUGGACAUCGAUCAGCAGUUGGAGAGACUGCAUUAUAUGCGCAAUGAACAGCUUAAAUUCAUUCGGCUUAACCUGCUUGAACUAAUAUCGUCUAACAAUUCCAGUGAAUCCGUAAUGCAAACUUCGUCCUCUGUUACACCUGACACGGACACAGGUUUGAAUGGAAUACCAGUGAGUCAAUCUGUGCCGUCUGGACAAAUACAGAUAGGUGUGCGGCAACAGGAACGCAAGAUACGACGAAUCACACCGAUCGGUGGUAAUAGUGUGUUGAUGCAAAUUUUCAAGCGUCGGCGUGCACCGUCGUCCGAACGCUCAACGGAGGAAAAUCCACUGGUGGUAGACCAUGCAUGA